GAGAAUAAUCUUUUGUCCCUCCACUUGUUAACACAACGCAGAAAAUGGCUCAUUUUCAUCCACAAGGUCUCCUCAUGUUAGUUCUGUCUGUGGUCAUAUCAGAGUGCAGCGUUGUUGCACCAGUGUCUGAGACUGUGGCUGCCACUCAACAAGAAGAUGUAGUUCUGCCCUGUUUUAUUUCUAACCUGACGGAUCCAAAGAGCUGCUACAGAAUCAAAUGGAUGAAGAACACCUCAGGUGCCAAUCAGAAAGUUAUUCUUGCCAGGCCUGAAACAACAAACAUCCGGGAUGCUGAGCGAGUAAAAUGGGAAACUAAUCGACGAGGAGAAAUGUCUCUUAUUCUGACCAAACUACAAAAGUCUGAUGAGGGAGUGUACAGCUGUGAAAUAUGCAAAGGCUGGGCCUGUUCAAUUGUCAAAAACAUAACUCUAAUAGUAAAACAAUGCAAGGUCCUGCCGGCCAUGAAGGAACCACCUGGUAAAACAGUAAACCUGAACUGCCAUGUGAACAUGACAUCAGGGCAACAAGGACCCCUAGACAUCGUGUGGCAAAUGCUGAAAGGAGGCAACCCUGUUGAAAUUACAUCUAAGUCAGUUGGAAUGAAUGGCAGCUCACUAGCUAUCCAGUCUGUGAGUCACAGUGACAGUGGCUGGUACAGAUGUAAAUACAUGCUUGGACAAACUCAGCGCUGCUUUGAAAUAAAACUUCAAGUGGGAAAUGUAGUUGUGACCACAACAUCUCCAGCAACGAUAACCAGUACGGUUCAUCUGGAAACCAGGAAUGAGGGGAACAGUGGAGUAUUUACUGCAGUUAUCGUGUCUUCAGUCAUUAUAGGGAUUGCCAUAAUAGUUGCUCUGAUACUACUGGCCAUCUACUGCAGACGUAAAACCCAGAGAGCUGCACAGCAGACACAGAGACACCUCACAGGUAUGAAUGGUCCGGAAGUCAUGUCUUUUUUCGACACGGAUACAGUUUAGUAACAUGUUUAUUUUUGUCUUUUAUUUCUUAUCAGGUGCUGAGUCUUACUGUUUUUAUGAGACUGUGAAUCUUCCAUCUUCUGAGGAUCCUCUACACCAGCGAGUUAACAGCAUUUACCAAAGCCAGGAAGACGGCUUGCAUAGUUUCCGUUAUUAGUGCUGUUGUGCUGAAGACAGAUACAAUUCUCCGGCUGUCUGUUUACAGAAACAAAAUGCAAAUCUACCUAAACCUGUUUAUUUGCAAAUAACCUCUUCAAAGAUCUAUAUUGAGA